UGAAAACAGUUACGACCUCUGCACGUACUCAUUUAUAACGUCGUACUUCUCCGUGCGAGUUUCUCUUAGCAGUGUUUCCUCUUCUAAUCUUCUACGAAUUAAUAAUCGAAUUUUUCUCAUUGAUAAAUAAUUAACAACCUGAAAAUGUCUUUAGACGAGAGAUUUCUCAAGGCCAGCGAAGAAGUGAAAGAACUUACUUUUAAGCCUUCAACAACAUGUUUACUCGAACUGUAUUCAUUGUAUAAACAAGCAACAAUUGGCGACUGUAAUACCGGAAAACCAAACAUUCUUGAAUUUGAAAAGAAAGCUAAGUGGGAAGCAUGGAACAAACAAAAAGGUUUGAGUCAAGAUGAAGCAAAAGAAAAAUAUAUUAUGAAAGCUAACGACUUGAUAAAACACGGUGAAAAGAAUGAAUAAUAAAUUAAAGAUGAGUUGGUCGAAUCGCCCUCUAGUAAAUGCAACGAGCACGUCAGUGCUCAUACUUGCGGAACGAUCGCCUAACUUAUAGUUUUGAUGAGUUUACGGUUUUGGGAAUAAAAAGACAUGUAUCGCGUUUAAAUUAUA